UCCUUCCAUCCAUCUGUCCUCACCCCCACGCCUGUCCGACACCCCUUUCUGUCCAUCCUUAGCCCCCCCGUCCAACCCCACACACCUUUCCUUCUGUCCGUCCAUGCUCACUCCCCACAUGCACUGUUCUUCCCACACACCCUUCUUCCUUCCGUCUGUCCGUCCAUCCAGCACCAUACACUCCCUUGGGAGGGGGUGUGUCCACCCGCACUGGGCAAGCGGGGGUUAACCACAGAGGCCCUGCCCCUGCCUCGGCAUGCUAGAGGUGGCAGGCUCCAGGGCACCGCCCAGCUCCGCAGACGCCAAGCCGCUGACUGGGGAGGACGCAGGGAUCCCCGAUCCCGGAGCCGAGAUGACGAGCUGCGGCCUCCUGACCCGCUUCAACAAGCCGGUGCCCCUGCGCAGCAGCUCGGUGACGGUGCUGAUCCGAGGCUUCGUGGCUGACGUGGGCUGUGAGCUACUCUACAGGAACGAGGAGCCAGGGCCCGUGGAGGCCGUGUUCAUAUUCCCCGUGGACACUGAGGCGGCCGUCUAUGCCUUCCAGGCCCGCCUGGGGGGCACCUGCAUCCAGGCCAAGCUCCAAGAGAAGAAACAGGCUCAGGAGCUGUACGGGGAUGCGCUGGCCGGGGGGCAGAGCUCAUUCCUGCUGCAGCAGGAGGGGGCCGGGGGCGACGUGUUCAGCUGCUCCCUGGGGAACCUGCCCCCCGGGGAGGAGGCGGCGCUGACCCUGCGCUACAUCUGCGAGCUGUCGCUGGAGCCCGAUGGGGCCACCCGCUACGUGCUGCCGGCCGUGCUGCGUCCCCGCUACACGCCCCACAGGUGGGACAGGGCGGAUGUCACCCAGGCGGUCCCGCGGGUGCCCCAGGGGGAACUGCCCUACACCCUGAGUCUGAGCGCCACACUGCAGUCGCCCCACGGCAUCGACCGUGUGCUCUCCAACUGCUCCCUCACCCCCCUGAGCUACACGGCUGGGAACCGGACCAGCGCCCAGGUGUCACUGGCCCAGGCCCCACCAUGGGACCGGGACGUGGAGCUGCUGGUGUAUUAUGCGGAGCCGCACAAACCCAGCGCGGUGCUGGAGGCCGGGUUGCCUGAAGCAGAGCCAGGCUCCCUGAUGGGCAACCCGGCCGUGAUGGUGACCCUGCUGCCCAGCCUGCCCGAGGCGGUGCCAGGCCAGAGCCCAGCCGGAGAGUUCAUCUUCCUGCUGGACCGCUCCGGCAGCAUGCGGUGCCCCAUGGAUGGCCAAGACCGCUCCCCAAAGCGCAUCGACAGCGCCAAGGAGACCCUGGUCCUGCUGUUGAAGAGUUUGCCCCUGGGCUGUUAUUUCAACAUCUAUGGCUUUGGAUCUUGUUUUGAGUCCUUCUACCCGCAGAGUGUGGGAUACACCCAACAGACCAUGGCCGAGUCCCUGCAGCGCGUCCAGCAGCUCCAGGCCGACCUGGGGGGCACCAAGAUCUUGGAGCCUCUACAAGCCAUUUACCGCAGCCCCUGCCAGGAUGGGCACCCACGCCAGCUCUUUGUGUUCACGGACGGGGAGGUGACGAACACCCGGGACAUCAUUGCCGAGGUGCAGCGUCACCAGGGGGGACACAGAUGCUUCUCCUUCGGUAUCGGGGCCGGGGCCUCCACAGCUCUGGUCAAAGGCAUUGCCCGGGCAGCAGGGGGCAGCGCCGAGUUCAUCACCGGGCAAGACCGGAUGCAGCCCAAGGUGCUGCAGUCUCUGAAGCGGGCCCUGCAGCCGGCCGUGACCGGGAUCUCGCUGAGCUGGGAUCUGCCCCCCAGGAUGGAGGCGGAGUUGCUAGGCCGGGGCCCUGAGGUGAUCUUCCCUGGGCAGAGGUGCCUCAUCUAUGCCCAGCUCCGUGGGCAGCCCCAGCCCCCAGACACUGCCGUGGGGUGCGUUACCCUGCAGUACCACAUUCAGGACCAGACCUACAAGGAGAUGCUGCAGUUCCCCCUGCAGCCACAAGAUGGAGACAGGCUGCCCGUUCACCGGCUGGCAGCCAAGUCACUGCUGCUGGAGCUGGAGGAGGCCGUGGGGGCCGGGUCAGAGGAGGACCGGCGCCGGGCGCUGGAGACCAGCCUGAGCUCGGGGGUCGUCUGCUCCCUCACGGCCUACGUGGGGGUGGACACAGAGUGGAGGCAGCCAGUGCAGAGGCCGCUGGUGAGACGGGACAUCCCGCUGGCAGCCUUCAAGGCUGCGGCCAGGAUGCCGUACACGCAGUGUCUCUCGCUGAUGGCAUGUGGAUCCCACAGGCCCGUGCCCAGAUGCGCCUCCCAUGAGUUCAGCGCCCUGAUGUCUGCGUCCCCCCUCGAGGCCAGAGAGGACCACCCCUCCAUGGAGCUGUUCGAGGACAAAUGUAUGGCAUGCACCGUCAGGAGCGGCCCCCGCACACUUGCUCCCCGAGCCCAGAACUGUCCGCCUCCUCCCCCACCCAUAGCUGAGCCAGGAAAGCCCCCAGUGAAAGGGCAACUGCGGAAAGUCCUGGGAACACGCCUCGCCCGGUGCCGCGGCAAGCCAGAGCGGGCACCAGAGGAGUCUCCCCUGCUGAGGCUGGUGUCUCUGCAGAAUGCUGACGGCUCGUGGGACCUGGACCCCCGGCUGGCCGCCGCGCUGGGGGUGAGCGAGACCGAUGCCAGGGGGAGGAUGCCCAGUCAGGACGUGCCUCCCAGCAUCUGGGCCACGGUGCUGGCCGUGGUCUGGCUGCACGGCCGGGCCAUGGGGCAACGCGACGAGUGGGAGCUGCUGGAGGCCAAGGCUGUGGGUUGGGUGCGGGGCCAAGCAGGGCCCUGGCUGAGUGAGUGCCUGGAAGCUGCCAACGCCCUGCUGGGCUUAAACAUUGGCCCUGCCGUCUUCAAGCUCUGAGCUCCCCCUGCCCCGGGAUCCCUGUACCCGCCCCCCAAGCUACCCUGGGCCUCCGACCUGGAGCUUAGAGGCCAGCAGGGGCCACUGGGUGCAGCCCCACCUGGCCAGCCUGUGCCUAGCCCAGAGCUAACCCCCAACUGGGAAGCCACCGCUACCACCAAUUCGGAUGCAUCUGCCUCCUGCUAGCUGAAGAGGAGAACUAAGCUCCACCCCACUCUGGCUGGAGCCUUUAUUUUUAUUUAGCAUCGAGUUAGUGAUGUUCUCUUACACCACCGUGGGUUCGUCGCUGGUGGCCAGUUACAAGCCCAAUGGAGGGAAAGUCCCCUCUGCUACUUGGUUCAGAUUUAGAGCCUCUACGUACAUCGCGGUCGCUUUUUCGCAGCAUCACCCGUCGGCACGUCUUUCUCCUGAUCUUGUGACAUAAGAGUCGCUCUUUGGUCAUUUACUUAUGUCAAGCAUUUCUUACGCCUAGGGCGUCAUCUGGCGAAGCUGGGACAUCACAUCUCACUGCUGUGGACAGUGGGUUUCAGCCCUGCUUUUACUUAGAUACCUCAUGUCCACUUAUCCCUUCUAAAUCCCAAUCGGUCCCCUGCGUCUCCAACCGUACAGCCUGUCACAAAGUGUGGGGGAGUCCGGGCCCUGCACCCCUCUUCCUGGGAUUCACUGGG